CUUGCCGUCGCCAGUCUCGUUGCAGCAGUCGUUGUUGGUGGAGGUUUUUUGCUCAGAUUUUGUUUGUGCGCGCUCGGUUCCAACUCCGGUUCUCUAAUCCGAAGGAAAACUCAUUUGCGUCGGAACAUUACGGUGCAGUUUUUUUUUUCUUCUCAAUUCUUUCGCUUAAAGUGUUUCAGCGUGUUGCUUUAGCUUUGUGCUGGAUUUCAUUUCGUUUUCGGGAGAAUUCAAGUGUUUUGUUGUGAAUUAGAUUCCAAAUUUGGACCCGAUUAGCUCACUUCCGCGGUUCUUGUGACGUGGGUCUGGCCCGGGUUAUUUAUAGAUCCAGUUUCGUGUGGAGGCCGUUGAAGGUAAACCAAGAGUAAAAAAGGGCAACUGAAUCGCAAUAUUCCGGCAGAGCAUCAACUAGACGACGACUUGCCCCUGCCGGUAACCAUCUGACGACGUCGAGCGCGGCCGGGCCAUGGCUGAAGCCCAUUCAGCUGUCGCGUUCUCGUUCUCCAUCACCCACGAGGGAUGGCACCUGAACUACGACCGGGAGGUGCUGAACCUGGUCUGGGAGUCCGGCCUCCGGUCCUGGAAGAAGCGGCUCGCGCGGUUUCGGACCGGCGUCCGCAACGGAGUCUACCCCGCCCACCUUCAGAGCCUUUGGCUGGUGAUAGCGGUGGCGAUGGCACUCCACUUCACACAACGGCACGUUCCGUUCAACUUAGUUGGUAAAUUUUCAGCCCUACUACCGGGAGAUACCGUGGGCUACCAAGUGACAGCAUGCGGCCUGGCGGGGCUGUUCUUCUGGCUGUGCAUCUGCUACACGAUGCGGUACUCGCUGAAGCUGCUGCUCAUGUACAAAGGGUGGAUGUACGAGAAGCGAGCCCCGGGCAGUAAGGUCUCGCUGCCAACUCGGCUGUGGGCCCUGUGCGUGAAGGUGCUGGCCACGUGGAACAAACCGGGUCUGUACAGCUUCCAGGGAUCGCUGCCGCGGUUGCCCCUGCCGAGUGUGCAGCAGACAAUGACCAGGUACCUCCGGUCAGUGCGACCCCUGCUGGACGAUGCCAACUACACCCGCAUGGAGCGACUGGCCAAGGAGUUCCAGGCCGGAAUCGCGCCCAAACUGCAGCGCUAUCUGACGCUGAAGAGUUGGUGGUCCACGAACUACGUGUCCGAUUGGUGGGAGGAGUACGUGUACCUGCGCGGACGUGGCGCCCUCAUGGUCAACAGCAAUUUCUACGGAAUCGAUGCCAUUUUCACACAGCCCACCACCAUUCAAAGUGCCCGGGCUGCCAGUGUCAUCAAUAUGCUGCUGCAGUUCCGGCGGAUCGUCGAACGGCAAGAGCUGGAACCCAUUCUGGUGCAGGGGCUGGUCCCACUGUGCUCGUGGCAAUACGAACGUAUCUUCAACACCGUACGCGUGCCCGGCGUUGAAACUGACAAGAUUGUCCACUACCAGGACUCAAACCACAUCGUGGUGCUGUACCGCGGAUGUUACUACAAGGUCGUCAUCUACCACAACGGACGCAUCCUACGACCGUGUGAGCUGCAAAUCCAGAUCGAAGAGAUCCUCAACAGCAGUGACAAGCCGCAGGCCGGCGAGGAGCUGCUCGCGUCGCUAACCGCCGGAGAUCGUACCAAGUGGGCCAAGAUCCGCGAGUCGGUGUUCGCCAAGGGUGUCAACAAGACGUCGCUGCACCUGAUCGAGAGUGCGGCCUUCGUGCUGUCGCUGGACACGCUGCCGUUCGAGUUCGACAUGGCCCACCCCGAGAAGCUGGACCAGUUUGGGCGGUACUUGCUGCACGGCAACGGCCACGACAGAUGGUUCGACAAGAGCUUUACGGUGUGCGUCGGCAGCAAUGGACGGAUUGGCUUUAAUUCGGAGCACACUUGGGCGGACGCUGCUGUGAUGUCACACAUCUGGGAAAUGUUGAUCAUGGAAGAAACUCACCCGCGGGCUGAUGCACCUGUAAUGGCACACGUUUGGGAGAACAUUGUGGCGGAAGAGCAAGUCCAGAAACGAUACGACGAGAACGGCAACACUCUGGGCAUUCCCGAGUUUGAACCACCAAAGCCGAAGCGACUGGCGUUCGACCUGGACAAUCCGGUCGCGCUGGACGCCAUCCAGGAGGCUCAUCUGGGCGCCCAGCAGCUGCUGAAUGACGUCGACCUGCGCAUCUUCGUGCACGACGCGUACGGCAAGGGACUGAUGAAGAAGUGUCGCCUGUCGCCGGAUGCGUUCCUCCAGAUGGCGCUGCAGCUGGCCUACUACCGGGACGCGGGCAAGUUCUCGCUCACGUACGAAGCCUCGAUGACGCGGUUGUUCCGCGAGGGUCGCACCGAAACCGUGCGUCCGUGCACGAUCGAGUCGUCGGCCUGGGUGAAGGCGAUGAACGACGCGAGUGUGGGCGCCGAGGAGCGCGUCAAGCUGCUGAACGAAGCGUGCGAGCGGCACCAGCUGGGCUAUCAGGACGCCAUGUGCGGCAAUGGCAUCGACCGGCACCUGUUCUGUCUGUACGUCGUGUCCAAGUACCUGGAGGUGGAUUCGCCCUUCCUGAAGGAGGUGCUCAGCGAACCGUGGCGGCUGUCCACUAGUCAAACCCCGCACGGCCAGACCGCCAAGUUGGAUCUCAAGAAGCACCCGAACUGCAUCAGCGCCGGCGGUGGCUUCGGACCGGUCGCCGACGACGGGUACGGCGUGUCGUACAUCGUGGCCGGCGAGGACCUCAUCUUUUUCCACAUCUCGUCCAAGAAGACGUGCGGUUCGACGAGUUCGGAGCGGUUCGCCCAGCAGAUUGCGCGAGCCUUGGACGACAUGAAGCAGCUGUUUGAGCAGCACCGGGCACUGCAGGCGCAGAAGAAGGGUGUCACCAACGGAACGGCCAAGUAAAGGGGGGACCCUCUCGUGACAUAUCCACCGCGAAAGCCGCCUGUAACCUGUAACACACAGUGAAUCACAAAGUUUUCCCGUCUUUUUCGGUUCGUUUUUUUUUAUUUUUCUUCUCUGUCGUCUAGUUUAGUUCUGUUAUCACGCCAAGUAUUACCGCCUAGGUAGUGCUCGGUACACUUACGUAGCAUGUAUUUAUGAACUAACAUAACUUUUUAUUAGCCACACCGAUUGAGUAUCGAACCAACAUGUUAAGUUUCGAGGCGACUGUUGUUGAUGAUAUUAGCAUCGUAAUUCAUGUUUUCCCAUCUGAACAAUACAAACUCUUUUUAAAACUAACAACAACAACACCGAACUAUUCUGUCCAUCAGAGCCUAGAUCUAAUUAAAACCCGUUCAAAUCUGGUGGUUUCGAAACAUUUUGAAAGAGCAAACAAAACUAGUGUGAAACUGUAUUAGACUGUUGUUUAUAGAUAAUUUAUUAGUUUUGAAGACAAACAAAAAAGAACUGCAAUGUAAUCGUGUGAAAACAAAAUACUAAAACUGGAGGCAAUCAUUUUUUCCUGAAAUAAUAAGGUAAUUUUAGUGCAUUACGAAACCAACACAUAGCAGCAGUAGAACAUAUUUGUCAGUGAUAAUUGCAAAAGAGAGAAAAAAAAACCAUUAGUGAUAGUAAAAUUUCGUUCUGUUUUUGGUGAUUGAUUAACUUUUCCUUUAUCUUUAGCAAUCCUAGUUUUACAAAUUGUCUGUAGGUUUAGCAAACACACAACCCUUCCCAAAAUAAGACGACUAAAAAGCAUCAUCGAAAAUGUGCAUCCAAACCAAAAAAACAAACAAGUGCAGAUUUUUUUCUUUAUUUUUCAAAAAUCAAAAAAAAAAGUUCGGGUGUAAAACAGCCAAAGCCCCCUGCCUCAAAUUUAAAAAGGUAAAAGGGGGGGCACGAUUGAUGCAAUUAUCAAUGCAGCACUAGUGCAUGGAAGUAACGCGAGGAUAACUUUAGUGCAAAUGAUAUUUUAAUAGAAGCUACUUUUUAAGCAAGUGUAACGUUACAAACAUAGUGGAAUGUAUUUUGCCAAACGAUGAUUUUUUGUUUUGUUUUGUUUAGCAGGCUGAGCUGCCGGAAGAGAGCUAGCGAGCGAGCGGCAGGCUCGAAGAUGAACGUGCGUUAUUGUGAGAUUGGAUACAAAUAAAGAGUACUAAACUGUAAA